AAAAUAAAUGUAUGAGUGGUGUAUAUUUAUAAUAUGUUUAUAUAAAUCAGAAAUAAGGGAAAAAUAUACGUGUGUAUUUGCAUAACUUACUAUAUUUUUCAGAUGUUUUAUCAUUUUUGUAUUCUGGCUUCAAUCUACAUCUUUUCAGUCAUUACUAUGAUUUCUCUCUUUUGACUUAAUUCAAAAAUCUUCGUCUGUGAGAGCACUUGUACUUUUCCAGCUAAAUAAGUGCGGGUGUGGUCUUUAACAUCUUUCUUCAGUGCUGUGAUCCUGAAGAUUCUAAAUAAAUAUUUCUCAUCUUCAUUUUGAUCUGACAUCAUUUAUGAGAUCCUUGGCUGCAAUCCACGAAAUUGAGGAGAUAAAUACAUCUGGCUUCCUCCCAGGAGUGCGUCUUGGAUAUUUGAUGUGUGACACAUGCGCAUAUGCAAGCAAAGCAUUGCAGAAUGUGGGGCACAUGUUCGCAGUCAACAGGUCUCUUAAUGUGGAGUGCGACUACACUGACUUCAGGCCCAGAGUCAAGAUUAUUUUAGGAGCAUUGUACUCUGAGGUGUCCAUCGCUGUGGCCAGACUGCUGAAUGUGUACAUGGUCCCUCUACUGAGCAGCACAUCAUCUUCACCAGAACUGAGUGAUAAGCUGCGCUACCCAGUUUUUCUACGCACUAUUCCCAGUGAUACGCACCAGACCAAAGCAGUGGCCAAAAUGAUGCAUUCCUAUAAAUGGAACUGGGUCGGGGUUGUGUAUGGGGAUGAUGAAUACGGAAGAGCAGCUCUCCAGAGCUUCCUCAAGGAUGCUGAGGAAAAUAGUGUGUGCUUGGCCUACCAGGAGGUGUUGCCUUCUUACCUGAAUGAUUCACGCAGCAUGCAACGAAUCAUGGAGGUCGCCCAGAAGAUCCGCUCCUCCAGUUCCCAAGUGGUACUGCUAAUCCUCAAGGCAGAGCUGGUUAGCUUCCUCUUUAAGGAAAUGAUCAGGACCAACACAUCAAGGACCUGGAUUGCCAGUGAUGCCUGGUCCAGGAGCCGGUCCAUUGCCCAGAUGGAUGGCAUCAACAAGGUUGGGGACAUCUUGGGCUUUACCUUUAUUACAGGUGAGAGUGAAUCAUUUGAUAAUUAUCUCAAGAAUCUUACAGCAACGCCAGGAGGAUACAACCACUUCAUUGAAGAAUACAAGAACCUGAGAUUCAACUGCACCUCAGAAUGUUUCUCAAACAAGCCCCCACCCUAUUGUCCCACACCUGACCUCCUGAAAAUCAAAUCUGUCAAUGCAUGCAAUUUCAAGGAUCCCCAAGAGCAAAAUGAUGACUACCUUGUGAAAGCUCUGGAUACAAGUGAAGCCUUCCUUACCAAAGUAGCGGUUCGGGCCAUAGCAAAUGCUAUCAAAAAUCUACUAGAGUGCAACAGUUCCGCAUGCUUCGGAGAAAUUAACUUCCCACCAUGGAAGCUUCUUAAAGAACUGAGGAUGGUUAAGUUUAAAUUUGACAACCAGAAUUUCUCCUUUGACAAAAACGGUGAUUUUGAAAAUGGUUAUGAUCUGAUCAUGUGGGAAAAGGAUGGACACCACAGAAGAUUUCAAAGGAUUGGGAAAUACCAUGUUCUUGAUAAACAAAUAGAACUUGAUGGGGAAAAUGUCACCUGGCUUUCAACAGCCAAUACCACAACCCCUCUGUCCAGAUGCUCAGACCCCUGUGCCCCUGGUUCAGUGAAGAAGAUCUUGAACGUAUCCUGCUGUUACAACUGUACCCUAUGUGAGGAGGGGACCUAUACAGAUGCCUGGGAUCUUCAUGACUGCAAAAAGUGUCCCAAUGAAACUUGGUCUCUCAAGGGUUGGAGUGAGUGCAAGCCAAGAUGGGAGUCCUACUUGCAAUGGAGUGCUCCUCAUCCCAUCACCAUGAUGGCAGCUGCAGCCUUUGGCAUCUUGCUCUUGUUGGUUACCUUCAUUAUCUUUUUGGUGUUCAGAGAUUCCCCACCUAUGAAAAGAGCUGAGGUGAGAUUGUCCUGUGUGAUGAUGGCUGGUCUGGCAGUGAGUUUCGCAAGUGUGAUAUGCUUCAUGGGCAAGCCCAGUAUACACCUCUGCCGGGCCCGCCAGGUAAUGUAUGCGAUGGGCUUCACCCUGUGUGUGUCCUGCGUCCUAGUCAAGGCCUAUCGUACCUUCCUGGCUUUCCUUCCCUUUGGUCAAAUGACAAACAGGCGACUACACAAAUUUUACAAGCCACCUGUAAUUGUCAUCGUGGUAACUACUGUCCAGGGGAUCAUCUGUCUUCUCUGGCUGAUCUUUGAUUCUCCUGAUAUUGAUCACACACUUCCAUCUCCACAAACCAUGAAGAAAAUAUUCCAGUGUCGUGAAGGUGCCACAUACAUAGGUUUUGGCAUUAUGCUGAGCUACAUAGCUCUGCUAGCAUUGGUUGGCUUCCUCUUGGCCUUCAAAGGCAGGAAGGUUCCUCAGGAAUUCAGUGAAACAGGCUACAUCAUUUUUAGCAUGCUGAUGUACUUGUUUGUAUGGGUGUGUUUUAUCCCAGUGUAUAUCACCAACAAAGAAGAAGGUACUCCUGUGCAGGCUUCAGCCAUUCUAGUAUCUAGCUAUGGCAUCAUCUUCUGCCAUUUUUUACCCAAGUGUUAUGAAGUGUUUUGGGCGUCAAAGACUGAUACAAUGGAGAGGAUUCUGAAGAGAUGGCGAGUCAUCUCCAGCCCAGAUCUUGAUUCAGAGACAGACAUAGAUUUCCCCAGAAUGAGCACACCCUCACAAAAGAGUGACAGGUUUUCCAUAUCAAGUACGUCAACUAUAUUGAGGAGCUCAGGGACACUGAGCGAGGUUAGUCCUACUGAUUUAAAGCUGGUCAUAAUGCCUAUGUCCAAUGAAAACAUCCCUGCCUAUUCUCUGUCUAACAGGCUAGGAACAAAAGUAACAAGGAGACGUAGGAGUAUAUCCUUCUAAAACUAGUUCCAGAAACAUUCGAUGUGUACUAAUGUGUACUGUACUGAUAUUUUAUUAUACCCUUUUUAAAGCCAACCUUUUGUACGAUUUUUUAAGUUAAAAUGUGUUUUCUGCUAAGAACUGUUGUAUUCUUCAAUAAACAGAAGACCUGACUCAUAUUUGAAACAAAUACUGCCAUCUACUGGUUACCUGUCACAACAUAUCAAGCCUGUUGCAAGAAAUCUUGGUGUCCUGUUUGAUAGCAAUUUGUUUUGAGCAACAUAUCACUAAGCUUGUCCAAUAAUG